AUGCUGAAUCUAACAACAAAAGUAGAUGGAAAGACUGUCAUGGAUACACUGGUAGAAGAUGAUAUCUGCAUUCUAAAUCAUGAAAAAGCCCAUAGGAGAGAAACAGUGACUCCGGUCUCAAUAUAUUCAGAUGAGUCUGUCGCUUCACAUUUUGCCCUUGUCACUGCAUAUGAAGACAUCAAAAAACGACUCAAGGAUUCAGAAAAAGAGAACUCUUUCCUAAAGAAAAGAAUAAGAUUUUUGGAAGAAAAGCUUACAGACGCUUUAUUAGAUGAAGAAACAAGUUCUGUGGGUCGAGAACAAGUAAAUAAGGCCUAUCAUGCAUAUCGAGAGGUUUGCAUUGACAGAGAUAAUUUAAAGAGCAAAUUGGAUAAAAUGAAUAAAGACAACUCUGAAUCUUUGAAAGUAUUGAAUGAACAGCUGCAAUCUAAAGAAGUAGAACUCCUCCAACUAAGAACAGAGGUGGAAACUCAGCAGGUGAUAAGGAAUUUAAAUCCACCUUCAUCGAACUGGGAGGUGGAAAAGUUGAGUUGUGACCUGAAGAUCCAUGGCUUGGAACAAGAACUAGAACAGAUGAAGAAAGAAUGUAACAAUCUCAGAAUAGAGCUACAAAAAGCCAAACAAACGGAUCCAUCCCAAGAAGACAAUCUGCAGAACAGAGAUCUCCAAAGACUAAGCAUUUCAAGUGACGAUGUGCAAAAUGUAUACUGGGAGCUGAAGAGAGAAAUGUCUAAUUUACAUCUGGUGACUCAAGUACAAGUUGAACUACUAAGAAAACUGAAAACCCCAACUGCGAUCAAGAAAGCCUGCACCCCUGUAGGAUUCAUGGAAGACCUUGGGAAAGAAAGCACAAACCUGCACUUGACGAAUUUCACUGCAACAUACAAAAGACACCCCCCUCUCUCACCAAAUGGCAAAACUCUUUGUCAUACCACAUCUUCCCCUUUACCAGGAGAUGUAAAGGUUUUAUCAGAGAAAGCAAUUCUCCAAUCAUGGACCGAUAAUGAGAGACCCAUUCCUCAUGACUGUUCAAACUUUCAGGAACACUACUCGUAUGGCAGAAAUUCUCUGGAAGACAAUUCUUGGGUACUCCCAAGCCCUCCUAAAUCAAGUGAAACAGCAUUUGGGGAAACUAAAAAUAAAACUUUGACUUUACCCAUCCUGCCACCCCCACUUAACUUGGAUCAACGUAAUCAAAACUGCCUUUAUAAGAAUUAA